UGUUUUGCAGUAGCCGAACUUCUAUUUUUCUUGGCCUUUCAACUAAAGAAACAGUGAAUAUGAGCUAGUGCGUCGUCGUAGGAAAUUCUCGCUCAAGCGCAAAGAAGCUGACGAUGCUUGCGGAGGUCUUGGUGUUUGCCUCCGCGUCUUGCAGUAGUAGGCUGCUUGAACUCUAGAGUCUUUCGAUCUGCAAUCCGUGAAUGGAUAAACCAUACGGUAUAUGGAAUAAACCUGGAACUUCCACCAGGGAUUAUGAAGAGUAUUAACUUCAUAUCAUAUGGUGAUGUUUCGUGAGAAUCCUCUCCUGACUCCUGUAUGUCGUUUGAAACUUGCCAAAUGGACAUCUCAUUUAGAUUCAACUUGGGCUGCUAUGAAGCUUCGAUCGGCGUUGCACUCACUGCAAAUCAUUGACAGUCACAGAAAAAGAUAAGAAGGGAAUUUGCUAAUAAGGGAUCGUGUCAAUCAUAGGCUACUCUAUUGAACUGUCCUCCACUCAUUUACAGCGGAAAAUAGAUGCCAACGGCGGGCUAUCGAAACACCAUAGGAAUAAGUCUUCAACCAUUUGAACACCACCUUAAAAGUGGGAAAAACGAGGGAUAAACCGAGACGCGGGAGAAAGGAUGCAGUCGGGAAAGGGAAUGAAGAACCUCUCGGCAGGUGGAGGAGCGUCGCUCUGCUGUCUGUUGCUCCUGUGGGUCAUCUACUCCCAUCUCCUGAGAGAGGGCCAGUUGGCGGUGGGCACGUGUGAGAUCGUGACGCUCAACAGAGACAGCAGCGUGCCCAGGCGCACCAUCGACCGUCAGACUGCCCGCUGUGCCUGCAGGAGAGGCCAGAUCGCGGGCACCACACGAGCCAGGCCUGCCUGCGUCGACGCGCGUAUCGUGAGGGGCAGACAGUGGUGUGAGAUGGCACCCUGCUUGGAGGGGGAGGUGUGUGGUCUCCUCUUCAACCGCUCUGGCUGGACCUGUACCAAAGGCAGUGGCCGUAUCAAGACAGUCACGCCCUUGCCUAAGGAGCCAUCGUAAGGAGUUAAGAACUCAGUGGGUUUAUUGCCAGUCAUGGCAGAAGGGGAACAGAGACCAAUGACCAGGCAAGCACAGUUUGUGUCCAUUCGCCAAUUUUGUGCUCAAACCACUACUCCCUCCUCCCCCCCACACCACUACCACCAAUCAGAGGAGCCCUACUAUGUGACAGUGACACUCCUCUGCUCCCUCAUUGGUCCAAAAGUCCGUACCUGCCCAUGAAAGCAACUCGCCACAGCAUCGUUAUUGGAACCAUAUCACAAACUGAAUGACAAAUCCUACUGUAUACUGUAUAUAACCUGUGUUGUUUCAGCACGGCAAGCAGGAUAGGACUGGGAGUCGAAACAUGUGUAAGGAAACCAUUUCGCCACCUACCCCUAUGGAACACAAUGUGAAGGCAUUUUUGGUAACUUGGUUUAAACUAGUCUACAGUUAUUUUAUGAGUACUUAUACGAGAACCAUUCAGGGUCUUUUCACUCAUGUAAAUAGUCUGUUUGGUUAAGGCGUGGGUUUGUCCUAUUGAAGAACCAUGAUAGGUUUGGUGGACACAGGAGGUUAGUGAAACCAGGAUAUGAUGCCAAUGGGUGCCAGUCUUUAGCCAUAUUUCUCCAUCCUCCUAGAAACACCAACACCUGUCUUGGCUAUCUGAGGGAUUGGGUUCCAAGAGGUUUUGGGAUGAAAAUAUAGAGAGAAAAUGAGGAAAUCCCAAGAGAAGAGUAUCAUGCUCUUCUCUUGUCGUCAUUCUCUACAGUGAAAGAAGGAUCAAAUAUAUGAUAUACAUUUACAGUUCUGGAGGAGAAACUUUUGGAUGGAUUGUCAGUGACUAACUUGACAGCUUUGUUUAUCUGGUGCCUAUGACUGAUGGGACCGUUGCAAGUAAGGAUUCCCUAAUACUGUCUGUGGAGAAACCACCCACGUGACAUCACUACUAUAGGAGAUCUUUAUGAGACACUUACUGACAGACUACACCUGCCUGGCUCUUUAUCCUGUGUUCUAAUUAUUUUGUGUGUGUGUGUGUGUGCGUGCGUCUGGGUGUCUGUGCCUCCUGAUAUACACUGUGAAAUAGGAAAUAGUUGACACAAUCUUGUUCUUAAGUUUGACACAUCCAGUACUGUACUUCUGUCAGAACUGUACCUGAAGCUCACUAUCUUGCAAACUGGUAUAAUCAUGUUUUAGGGGAUGCUCAUUGAUUUAAAGCUGGAAUCCGUACUUGGUGGAGCUGCCACGUCCGUUUGCGAUAUUAAAAGAAAGUUACUUCAAACAAUGAGCACUGUUUUUUUCCCUCGGACAUCACUGCACAUCAUUGCACGCCCCACAGAACAGCAGAGUAUUUACUGCAAUUGUCUUACGGAGUAAGUGCAGAGAAAAAAAAUGUAUGAAAUGUAUGCAUUCACUACUGUAAGUCGCUCUGGAUAAGAGCGUCUGCUAAAUGACUAAAAUGUAAAAAUGUAAAAUGUCUUUUACCACAAUGCUAGAUGCUCAUCUCCUCCGUUUCAUCAACAAAACAAAAAACGAUAACAAAAGCUCUGGGUCGAGAUGGCGCUGUUUCACCUUAUGCGGAUUUCAGCUUUAGAGCAUCAUACAGAGGAACCAUAUGUUUUUAAUACAGAAGUGUAUUUAUAUUGAAAGAUCUAUGUCACAUAAGUUAAAAGCAGUAAUAGUAGUCAACGUGUAGUACUGAUUCAUUAUUUCAAAGUUAUGUUUUAAAUUGCCUAUCUUUUUAUAUGAAAUAGAUGUAUGGAGGUAUGCUACUUGCAAAGUGCUGCUGUUUAUAUUGUGUGUAAUGUAUACAUUCACUGUAUAAUGUCCCAUGGAUAUUUCGAACUUAAUUUAUGUUACGAGAUUACGAGAGAGAGUGAGUGUCACAGAAAGAAUGAGACCAUAAGGACAUUGUUUAUCACUGAAAUGGAGUUAUUUUUCACCAGAAAGAUAUACUUACUGUAUGUUGAUAUAUACUGUAUGUUACUAUACUGUAUGUUCAUAUACUGGAUGCUCCUUUGAAUGACAUGGGAAUGAAAAGGGCCUUCCAUCCCGGGGGCUAAUGUAAUUGCCUUUAAGUGUGUGUGUGGUGUGCGUGCAUAUAUGUGUGUAGGUGUGCAUGAGUGUGUGUGUGUGUGUGCUUGCGUGUAUGUGUGUGUGCAUGUCUAGCGCAGGUGUGGGUGUGUGUGCACGUGUUCACUGUGUCCAUUUGUGUGUGCUUGAUUGGUGUGUGAAGAGAGCGCCACAAUUCUCAUCUAAUUACACUUAACUUUAAUUACUCCCAUCUGUACCCAUGUACUUUUCUUUCACUAUUUUGUCUUAGGUUUUUUUAACCAACACAAAUAAAAUGUCCCCUUGAUUUGAUCUGA